UGGGAGCGGAUCCUCGGGCGGGCGAUGGCGGCGGGGCGGCUGGUGCUCGUCCUCCUGGCGGCGGCCCAGGUGGCAGGUGACUGUGGCAAACCUCCAGUUUUGGAAGACGGCGCACCGAGAGAUGAGUUUCUUACUCAGAACACCUUUGCUGUGGGUGCGACCGUCACUUACGUGUGUCACAGUGGUUUCAGGUUUUCGGAAUUUAGUUUUCCCCGGGUUACCUGUCAGGAGAAUUCGACAUGGACCGCACUGCGUGCGACAUGUGAACCAAAAUCCUGUGGUCAUCCUGGUGACAUUCUGAAUGGAUAUUACAACGCAACAAGUAACACAUUUGGAAGUAAAGUUACCUUUUAUUGUAACGAAGGAUACCGGUUGGUGGGUCGGAACUAUCGGUUGUGUGAAAGUAAUGGGUGGAGCGGACAGGUGCCCACGUGUGAAGUUGUCAAAUGUCCGGAUCUUCCACCUAUCGCUAAUGGGACAAUUUCAGGUCUCGGUAACGAAGAAUUUUGGGAAUACGGAAUGAUAGCAACAUAUUCUUGUCAACAUAACCUGCUGCUGAUUGGUGCAGAGAAGAUUACUUGUGGUGCAACUGGACACUGGAGCGCAGAUCCACCAACGUGCAGAGAUCCAAGUAUCAACACUGUAUCUACACCUGCUCUUGUGAGAAGAAACACCACUUCUACACCUAUUACUACUGUGAGAAGAAACACCACUUCUACACCUAUUACUACCGUGAGAAGAAACACCAUUUCUACACUGAAUACAACUGUGAGAAGAAACACCACUUCUACACCUGCUACUACUGUGAGAAGUAACACCACUUCUACACUGAAUACUACUGUGAGAAGAAACACCACUUCUACACCUACUACCAGGGUUGUGGAUCGCAAUGUCACUUCUACCACAUUAACCACCAACACCACUUCUACUGCAGGUGGAUCUGUCGGAACAAAUGUUGGACAUCAAUAUAUUCUGUUCUUCAUCCUAACUGCGACAAUAUAUCCUGUGUUCAGUUAUGACUGAUCGUGCCUGAAGAGCAACAGAAGGCAGACGUGUUGAUUCUCUGUGUAUAACAAAUCUUGUUAAAGUAUUGCUUUGGGCAGUUUUUCUCAGUACUUUAAAAAUAAUUCUUUUGGUUUGAUUUUGUUUACAAAGUAUAUUGAAGCCUUAAUUGUCUGAUGUGUUGUAGUCAUUGGCACUUCAGAAGGUGAAGGAGCAGUUGUGAGAGCUAACCAGCAAAUCAGAUUAACUGGCACCAAUUAAGGACCUGCUGAAUAAUAGAGUUGUCUAUAUUUGAGCACUGAGCUAAUCUUUUCCAAAUGGGGAAAAUGUCAAUGUGAGCCAGUAAUAAAGUUAAGUUCAAUAAUUUAUUGGGAAAUUGUUGAAGCAAAAGUAGAUGUUUAAUUUAAUUCAAAUCAUUUUUAUUUAAAACUGCAAUCUAUCUCUCAGCUCCAGGGACUGGGUUCAAUGUCAAUCUCUGGCGCAGUGUGUGUGGAGUUUGUACCAUCUCCCUGUGAUCGCGUGGAUUUCCCCCGGGUGUUCUGUUUUUUCCCAUUGCUGGUUGUAGAUAAAUCUGCCCCUGGUGUGUAGGUGAGGGGUAGAACCUGGGGAGAGAUGAUGGGGGGAAUAAAUAGGUCAGCAGGGACUCAGUGGACUGCAAGGAAACAGAUUCUGAGUGUGUGUGUGUGACAUAAAUGUUAAUGAUUUUGUGUUAAUAUGUACUGGGUUGAAUUAUUUAAAUCUGUUCAAGUAUUAAUCAUAUCAGAUUACUAUUUUAUAAUAUUUGUAUGAGAGAUGAAGAGACAUUCUUGUAUGUUUUCUAUUCUUCUAUAUAAAAUUGCCAUCAAGUUGAGCUCUGGUAUUAAACACUCUGAAAGCAUUUAUAAGUUAUCACUAAAUUGAGGCUAAACUCUUAUCAGCUGCCAAAGGAAUAUUAUUAAAAUUAUAAUUAACAUAAAAUGAUAAAUGCAUCUUCACUGUUAUUUAUACUGCCAUGAUAUAAUACCUUAACUGAUUUAAAAACUUUAAAGGAAUAAAUUCUG